UUCUAUUCCUCCCGUCCUUCUCACACCCGCUCACUGUUAUACUUGAAACGAGAAGCCAUGGAAGCCUGUUUCCUCGUCUCCAAUUCCUUCACUAAAUCCCUCGAUCAACCAAUUCACUUUCUCAAAUCCCCUCCCUCUCUAUCCUUCCCCAAAAGAUCCUCUCUUCAAUUCCCCUCAAGGACAGUUGCUGCUCCAUGUUGCCAUCUGUCAUCCUCCUCGCCGUUCGAUGGAGACGAUGAUAAGGCAUCUCUCAACGCAGAUUGGCGAUCCUUCCGUGCUAAGCUGGUGGCCGGAGAACGGCAAAGAACGACGUCGGACGAGCCUUCCUCUUCUUCCGUCCCCGAUCCGCCACCCAUCAGCGUUGGGGAUAAAUCCCACAUUAUACACGAGCCCGAAAAGGGCUGCCUGUUGAUUGCCACCGAGAAGCUGGAUGGGGUCCACAUUUUCGAACGGACAGUGAUCCUGCUUCUCUCCACUGGGCCUGUGGGCCCAUCAGGGAUCAUACUGAACCGGCCGUCCUUAAUGUCCAUCAAGGAGACGAGAUCGACAACGAUGGAUGAGGAGGGCAUGUUCUCAAACAGACCAUUGUUUUUUGGUGGGCCAUUGGACGCAGGCCUGUUUCUGUUGGGUCCAAAAGAGGAAGGCCUGGAGAAGAGUGCAAGCGGGGUGUUGGAAGAGGUGAUGAAGGGUUUGUACUAUGGGACGAGGGAGAGUGUGGGUUGCGCAGCUGAAAUGGUAAAGAGGAAUGUGGUGGGAGUUGGAGAUUUGAGGUUCUUUCAUGGGUACUGUGGGUGGGAGAAGGAGCAGUUAAGGGAUGAAAUUAGGGCCGGGUAUUGGACUGUAGCUGCUUGCAGCCCAAGUGUUGGGCUGGGCAGUGUUGGAAGCAUUGGGUUCUGGGAGGACGUUCUUGGGCUUAUGGGCCGGAGAAAGGUUUGGUGAGACGUUACAUCGGACUCAUCGGCCCAAUGCAAGCUGUAUAGAGAAGACCACAGAUUGAAUGCUUGAUUGACUGCAUAAUGGAGCUCGUUUGGAAGGCUCUGACAACUUGUAGGGUUACCGUUAAGAAAAAAAUGUAGGCUGGAUAAUUCAACACUGUGUCAUUCAAUCUUGUUCUUAUUCAUUCGGACAAGUUGUAAAUUGUGAUCUUUUUUUUUUUUAUUGUUUUCAAACUGUUUAAGGCGUUUUGGGGGUUACCAUAAUUAUGCCCUCACGAUGGCUUCUAACAUUUUCAUAUUAAUACCAACGUGAGGGUGGUGACAA